CGUGAAAAGUGGACGUGACGUUGCAUGUGGAGGUGAAGUAGUUCCUGUGGAGGUCAUCCCCGUAUUCUGCAAGUAAAAAAAAAAAAAACAAGCGUUAAGAGCAUCCAGUUCGGGUACGUAAGCCAUGUCUCGUUUGGGUUUCUGCGGAGAAUGGUUUCUGUCAACCUGUGGCAAGAAGCUCAUAGCAAUCCAUACCAAAGAGUCCAGUGAACCAUUUGUGUUUGACUGCUGCUGUGCUGAAAAGAGGCCAAAGAGUGCAAAGGAUGUAAAUGGCAGUGAUGGUGAUGCCUUAGAGGACCCUGGAAGUGACAGCAUCCUUGCUUUUGCAGUAUCUUCAUCUGGAAAACUGAUGGCAUUAACUGAUGACACCAAACGACUGGUUCUGUUUCAUUGUGAACCUUCAUGGCACUGUGUUAGCAUCAGGUGGGUGACUAGGAGGUCCACAUCACUAGUGUUCAGCCAGGCUGAAGAGGAGCUGCUGGUGGCUGAUAAGUCUGGAGAUGUUUACUCUUUCUCUGUGGUGGAACCACAGCGAGAGGGUGAGCUGAAGAUGGGCCACCUUUCAAUGUUGCUUGCUGUGACCAUAUCUCCAGAUGACCAAUACAUCAUUACAGCUGACCGUGAUGAGAAGAUCAGAGUGAGCCAUCACAAGUCUCCUUACAAUAUCCAGUCUUAUUGCUUAGGACAUCACCAGUUUGUCACCACCCUUCAGAUCCCAGCAGAACAUCCACACUGGCUGUUGUCUGGAUCAGGGGACGGAACAGUGAAGCUUUGGGAGUUUGAGUCUGGGCGAAGACUGCAGAACUGGGACCUUAAACAGCUUGAAGACACUCUGAGUUCUGAUGCUACCAAAAGAAAGAAUAUUGCUGUGUUCCGUGUCAGCAGCUCCCCAGAUGGCCGUGAUGUAGCUGUGCUGUGCGUGGGAGUGAUGAAGGUUUACAUUUUCACCCUGGACCAAAACAGCGAUGAGAAGUUGGUGCCUCACAGUCAACUCCAGCUUCCCCAUAAUCCUCUGGACAUAGACUUUGACCUGGAAGGACGGCUCUGGGUGCUGUUAAACUCUAGAGAGGUUCCGCUCCAAAUCCACACUCUCACACAAAACUCCUGGGAGUGUGAAACUGAGAACAGCAUCCUCAGCAGAGUGACUGACAUCCUCAGAACACACUGGAGCACAACAGAUGAUUUCAGAAGCAUUACAAACCACUUUGAGCACCUCUAUAAAGUGGGCUUUGACAAUGUGUCAGUGUACCUGCAGAAGAAGCAGCAGCGGAUUGAGGAGCAUGAGUUGAAGAGGUCAAAUGCGCAGAAAAUAAAAUGCAACAAGAGGCCAAAGGAGGAGCCGGAUGAAGUCUUGUCUCAGCCUUCUGCCUAAAUGUUCCCCCAUUGAAUGUGGUGAAGGGAACUAUGAGGAUCCACCAGGUGAUCAGUAGCUGUAAAUGCAAAAUCCACUACAGGGACAUCAUCUGUGUGUGCCAGAGAGAGGAAGGGCUGAAUAACUGCCCAUGUUUCGAUGUAAAAGGGGCAAUCUUGCAACCUGAUGAGGAAACUCACAGGAAAGGAGCCAUAAUGGCAUGGCAGCCAGAAGUCAUCACAGGUGACCAUCUUGGUCGAUGGUGUGUGGUCAAAUAUGACCAUGACUAUUAUCCUGGCAUCAUCACCAAAGUGGAAGAUGGGAACAUUGAAGUGAACUGUCUCCAUAAAAAAGGAAUCAACAAAUACUACUGGCCCAGCCCAAGGAAAGAGAUCAGUUGGUAUGAUGACAGCCAGGUACUUUGCCUGACAGAGGAGACAAAUGCUGUCAAUAAAUCAUAUCUGCAGCUCAGUCCUACCACAAGGAGGUUAAUUGAAGAGCAAAUGUAGUCUAGAUGCCCAUCAACCUCAUGCCAUUCAUGAGAUGGUUUGUUUGUUAAUGUUAAUUACCAGUUCAUGUUUGAUGUUAACUUGUAACAAUCUUGUGUUGUUGUUACCAACUGCUUAUUUUCCACUGAUUUUUUAUGUUUAGGAAAUGUGCUAAGGUGUUUCAUUGUUUUUAUAUGAAUCACAAAAUAGCCAAAAUAAAAUAUUUCUUAUUUAA